AUGACCAGUACAAUAGCAUUUAUUGAUAUCAAUAUUCAUUUAAAUCUCAAUGGAUUAUCUAUGUUAACAAAUGGUCGUAAAUAUAUCAUACCAUGUCAAAGUUACUUUAAUCGUCAAUCAAGAAACGACUUAGCCAAAAUAAAUUAUGAACGAAUAUCAAACAUCGCAAAAGAAUGUAUUGGUAAACAUCAAAUGUCAGUAAGUGAUGAACGAGCUAAACUAGCUUUUCGUGAAUUAGAACAAAUGAUUCAAGAAUUAUACACAAAACCAUUAUCAAGAAAAUUAUAUCGACGUGCGCAAGGUGAAUAUCGCAUCGUAAAACGACUUCAAAAAUUAAUUCGUACUCAAUCGGACAUUAUUAUACGUCGAAUAGAUAAAGGUGAAGGAUUCUAUUUAGGUAGAAAAACAACGAUGGACAUGAAAACACAAGAAUAUAUGAAUAAAACUGAAGCUUAUCAAGUUAUAACGACCGAUCAAUGCCCUCUUAUGAACAUUUUACAUUCAGUUGAAAAUCUACUCGAUUAUCUUCUCAAGAAUAAAGCAAUCACUUCAGAUCGACGUAAAAAACUCUUACCAGAUGUUAACAAACUUGAAUUAGCCUAUUUAUAUACUUUACCUAAAAUACACAAGGCUGGUAUACCAAUACGUCCGAUUAUUUCUGGCUUACAUGCUCCAGUUAGAUGUAUUUCCAAAUUUUUAAAUGAUUUACUUGCACCAAUUUAUUUACAAGUUGCACAUGAGACAACAUUUACUAAUGGUAUUGAUGUCAUUCGACGACUCGAGCAAUAUGCUGCCAAAGGUUACUUGAAAUCAACAACAAAAUUAUUUACAGCGGAUGUAGAAAAUCUCUAUACUAUGGUACCACGUGAAGGUGGCAUUAAGGCUUUAAUGGAAUUUUUAAACAAACAUACAAAAAAUGGUAAAAUUGGGCCAUUUACGAUCGAUAUGAUACUCAGAAUGGCUCGACUCAUUUUGGAUACAAAUUAUUUUGUUUAUAAUGACAAGUAUUAUCACCAGAAACGUGGUGGAGCAAUGGGUUCAGCAUUUACACAAGUCUUCGCUAAUAUUUAUAUGCUCGAAUGGGAACAAGAAUUAAUUCAACAUCAAGCAUCAAGAAAUGAAAUAUACGGAAGAUAUAUCGAUGAUAUUUUUAUGACAACAAACAUGAAUAUAGAUGAAAUAACAACACUACUUGACAAAGUACAACACAAGGAUCCAAAUAUUAAAAUAACACCUACCACAGCAGAGACGGUUCAUUUUCUGGAUGUUGCUAUUAUGAACGACAAUGGACACUUAAGAACAUUCAUUUAUCAUAAACCAAGUGCUGAUCCAUAUUAUUUACCAUAUACAUCAGAUCAUCCGCAUCGAAUACAUAGAAAUAUACCAUACAUUGGAUUGUUAAGAGCAGCAAGAUUUUGUUCAAAUUUACAUGAUUUUCAUUUAGAACGAAUACGUAUUGAAUUAACGCUAUUAUUAAAUAAUUAUGCACCGAAACUGGGAAAAAAAGCCAAUCCAUCCAAAUCUUCUAUAGAAAAUGUUCUUCGAAAAGAAGAAUCUAUUUGGCAGUACAUCAAAUCAACAAUGGGUAUUCAAUGUGAAUUUCCACAUAAGUUAAAUAACGUUCUUCUUUAUGGUGAAUUAUCAGAAAAAAUUCAUCUUCCUCGACUUUAUCGAUUGUACCUUCCAUCGGAUAUGGAAAUUGAUACUCGAGAAUUUUUUAUUGAAUUAUCAAGAAUAUUCAACUGUCAAACUGAAGAAAUCGAUGCACAUUCAGCAGCUGCUUGUGCUUAUGAACAAUAUAAAGACAAAUAG